AUGCCCAUAUUGAGUCUCACGGGAACACAUGAUACCCGACCUGAUGGUGAACAAGUUGUUCAAGUUUAUUGUGUCCAGACACUGGCUAUCCAGCAGUAUGGGUUGGGGUUAUCGCUAUGCCUUCCUCCUACAGCCAUUAACACUGGACCUGGAAGAGAUUCAGCUAUUUCUCAUUUAAAUGAGAGGCUUCCAGAAAUGGCAGCACUGGAUUCUUCCACUGAAACUACUCCCGCUGAUUCUUCUAUUGCUGUUUUGACUGAGCCAUCAAGUGAUAGUCAACGCAUAGGUGUGCUCACAUCUGCUGAAUCGGUUGCAAGUGGCAGCUUGCAGAAUGUAAAAGCAGAAGCAAAAUAUUUUGAUGAGAGAAAGUCAAAUCAAACUGUUGAACUUGAGGCUGGUAAGGAGACCCAAAUUCUUGCUGAGAAAGAGAGACCUGCCAAGCCUUCAGAACAAACUGUAGACACAGUCAGUGCAUGCACAAUAACAACUGACAAGUACAGCAUAGAGGAUUCACGGCCUCUGGCUGAUAGACCAGUACCCAUACUUUUGAAACAGUCUUCUGGGUCUGGAGAUGAAAAUGUUGUGAAGAGGGCAACUGAAGCUUCUGAGGGAAUAGACAGUCCUUGUUCAAGGGAUUUACCGUUAACCUCAGCUACCAAAGAGGGAAAUGUCAUGCAUCAUCAAGUGCCUGGGCAAUUGUCUCUUUCUACAAGCACUUUCGAUUCUAUUGAUCCCUCGCGUGAACCUCGAAACAACGAGAACCCUCCUGAAGCUAUUCGAGGAACACUGCAGCAGGACACGUUCCGCUGUAGCUUUGAGUCAUCAGUUAUUCCGGCGUUUGAACAAUCAUGCAUGACAAUAUUCGAGCAAGUAGAUGGUGCAUUCCACAAGGGCAUGUCUGAGUACACUGCUGCUAUCCAGAAGCAGGUCCUGACAGCACAUACUCCAUUAGCACAAACUCUGAUAGAAGCAAUCACUUCAGCAUCGUCAAUGAACCAGGGUCUUACAUCAGAGUUGCUUGACGGCCAGCGCAAACUUUUGUCACUGUUUGCAUCAGGGAGCCCAACAUCAAAGACCACAGGUGCUUUGCAGCCCAGUAACGGUCCAGUGACCAAUCUUGUUGAGGUUAAUGCUCCAUUGGACCCUAUGAAAGAACUAGGUCAGCUGAUUGCUGAGCAGAAAUUCAACGAGGCAUUUACAAUGGCUCUUCAAAGGAGCGAUGUCGCCAUAGUUUCUUGGUUGUGUUCUCAGGUUGAUCUGCAAACGUUAUGUGGAACGGUUCCCAUCCCUCUGAACCAAGGGGUCCUCCUAGCCCCCUCUUCCAGCAGCUAG